AUGUCACUCCCUACGCGCCUCCCAGUUCUCUUCCUCACUCUUAUCGCCCUCGCAAUCUCAGCCCUAGCCGCCGACAGUAUCCUCCCCACAUCUGCCUCCAGUACAUUCCCGCAAUGCGGUCUGACGUGCACCGUCCUGACAAACGCGGAGACUUCCUGCGAAGCAGCCGACGCCUCAACCUGGACCUCAUGCUUCUGCCAGUCGGCCCUUCUCACAGGUCUCAAAACGUCCGGCAGCGUCUGUUCCACCUGUAGCGCCGCCGACCAAACCACCCUCUCAACCUGGUACAAUAACUACUGCAACUCCGGCGGGAAGGAUACAACGGACACCGCCGCCACAGGAACCAAUUCUUCACCCGACGCAGCCUCUACAUCUGGUGUCACUAAAUCAGAUUCCACCACCAACACGAACAAAUCCGCCUCCGCCUCCGCCUCAGACGAGAAUCCGUCAUGGUGGAGUUCCCACUGGCGCUGGGUUAUCAUGCUCAUCGUGCUGGUCAUCGGAUUCUCUGCCAUCGCUGUAGUCGGCGUAUGGCUCAAACGCCGCCACGACGCUAGACGGCCCAAUCUCUACCACGGUGGCAGCAGCAGCAUGCUGAGCGCUUCCCUGCCCGUUCCGCACGACGCCGCCUGGGGUCCCGGUCCAGUACCGGUUGUGCAGGCGCAUGGCCUCGGUUCUGACUCUCUGGCUAGUAGCUCGCGCUCUACAAUGGCGAAGACCAGCACUCCCGUCCCCGGGGCUCGGACACGAUUGACGAAGAUCGAACAGGAGUCUGCGGAUGUGGAGAUUCGCCAGGUUUAG